CGCGACGUGACGCGGAAGUCACGCUGUACCGCGGAGCGGCUGAGUUCUUGAUUUCAGCACUCGGCUCUUCAGCCUGGCAGGUCUCUGGCGGGGAUCUGCUCUUUCGGUGCUCGACUCACCCGCGCUGCUGCCUCCGCUGAAGGAGGAGCAAAGCUCAAGAUGGCCGACAAAACGCCAGGCGGAUCUCAGAAGGCCAGUUCAAAGAGCCGAUCAUCAGAUGUGCAUUCAUCUGGAUCUUCAGAUGCGCAUAUGGAUGCAUCUGGACCCUCAGAUAGUGAUAUGCCAAGUCGAACACGACCUAAAAGCCCAAGAAAACACAAUUAUAGGAAUGAAAGUGCCCGUGAAAGCCUUUGUGAUUCUCCUCAUCAGAAUCUUUCAAGACCUCUUCUAGAAAACAAGCUUAAAGCAUUCAGUAUUGGAAAAAUGAGCACAGCAAAGCGAACUUUAAGUAAGAAAGAACAAGAGGAACUGAAGAAAAAGGAGGAUGAAAAGGCAGCUGCUGAAAUUUAUGAGGAAUUUCUUGCUGCUUUUGAAGGAAGUGAUGGUAAUAAAGUGAAAACAUUUGUUCGAGGCGGGGUUGUUAAUGCAGCUAAAGAUGAACAUGAAACAGAUGAAAAAAGAGGUAAAAUCUAUAAGCCAUCUUCAAGAUUUACAGAUCAAAAAAAUCCUCCAAAUCAGUCAUCCAAUGAAAGGCCACCAUCUCUUCUUGUGAUUGAAACAAAAAAACCUCCACUGAAGAAAGGGGAAAAAGAAAAGAAAAAAAGCAAUUUGGAACUUUUCAAAGAAGAACUAAAACAAAUUCAGGAAGAACGUGAUGAGAGACAUAAAACAAAGGGCAGGUUAAGUCGAUUUGAGCCUCCUCAGUCAGAUUCUGAUGGUCAGCGGCGUUCUAUGGAUGUGCCUUCAAGAAGAAAUCGAUCAUCUGGUGUUCUUGAUGAUUAUGCACCUGGCUCACAUGAUGUAGGAGAUCCAAGUACUACUAAUUUAUACCUUGGAAACAUUAAUCCACAGAUGAAUGAAGAAAUGCUGUGCCAAGAAUUUGGAAGAUUUGGACCAUUAGCUAGUGUAAAAAUUAUGUGGCCUAGAACUGAUGAAGAAAGAGCAAGAGAAAGAAAUUGUGGCUUUGUGGCUUUUAUGAAUAGAAGAGAUGCUGAAAGAGCUCUAAAAAAUUUAAAUGGGAAAAUGAUUAUGUCUUUUGAAAUGAAGUUAGGUUGGGGUAAAGCUGUACCUAUUCCUCCACAUCCAAUAUACAUUCCGCCUUCUAUGAUGGAACACACACUUCCCCCACCUCCAUCCGGACUGCCUUUUAAUGCGCAGCCUAGAGAGCGAUUAAAAAACCCCAAUGCGCCCAUGUUACCACCACCUAAAAACAAGGAGGAUUUCGAGAAGACUCUGUCGCAAGCCAUAGUCAAAGUGGUUAUCCCAACAGAAAGGAAUUUGCUCGCUCUGAUACACCGAAUGAUAGAAUUUGUUGUGCGUGAAGGGCCAAUGUUUGAAGCUAUGAUUAUGAACAGAGAAAUCAACAAUCCUAUGUUCAGGUUCUUAUUUGAAAACCAGACACCAGCGCAUGUUUACUACAGGUGGAAGCUUUACUCUAUUCUGCAGGGAGAUUCUCCAACUAAAUGGCGGACAGAAGAUUUUCGUAUGUUCAAAAACGGAUCUUUUUGGAGGCCACCACCAUUAAAUCCUUACCUUCAUGGGAUGUCAGAAGAGCAAGAGGCAGAAGCCUUUGUGGAGGAACCUAGUAAAAAGGGAGCACUCAAGGAAGAACAGCGGGAUAAAUUAGAAGAAAUCUUACGAGGAUUAACUCCAAGAAAAAAUGAUAUUGGAGAUGCCAUGGUUUUCUGUCUUAAUAAUGCUGAAGCUGCUGAAGAAAUAGUGGAUUGCAUUACUGAGUCGUUGUCCAUCUUAAAGACACCUCUUCCCAAGAAGAUUGCCAGGUUAUAUUUGGUUUCUGAUGUUUUGUACAACUCUUCAGCCAAAGUUGCCAAUGCUUCAUAUUAUAGGAAAUUUUUUGAAACAAAGCUAUGUCAGAUAUUUUCAGACCUCAAUGCUACUUAUCGUACAAUUCAAGGCCAUUUACAAUCUGAAAAUUUUAAGCAACGGGUAAUGACUUGCUUCAGAGCAUGGGAAGAUUGGGCAAUCUACCCAGAGCCAUUUUUGAUCAAACUUCAAAAUAUUUUCUUAGGACUUGUAAAUAUCAUUGAAGAAAAGGAAACAGAGGAUGUCCCAGAUGAUCUUGAUGGUGCUCCCAUUGAGGAAGAGCUUGAUGGUGCGCCUCUGGAAGAUGUGGACGGGAUUCCCAUUGAUGCUACUCCCAUUGACGAUCUUGAUGGAGUCCCUAUAAAAAGUCUUGAUGAUGAUCUGGAUGGAGUGCCUUUGGAUGCAACUGAAGACUCUAAGAAGAAUGAACCCAUAUUUAAAGUUGCCCCAUCAAAAUGGGAGGCUGUAGAUGAAUCUGAAUUAGAAGCACAAGCUGUGACAACUUCCAAGUGGGAGCUAUUUGACCAGCAUGAAGAAUCAGAAGAAGAAGAAAACCAAAAUCAAGAAGAAGAAAGUGAAGAUGAAGAAGACACUCAGAGUUCCAAAUCAGAAGAGCAUCAUUUGUAUUCUAACCCUGUCAGAGAAGAAAUGACUGAGUCUAAGUUCUCUAAAUACUCAGAAAUGAGUGAAGAAAAACGAGCUAAGCUUCGUGAAAUUGAGCUCAAAGUUAUGAAGUUUCAAGAUGAAUUGGAAUCUGGAAAGAGACCUAAAAAACCAGGCCAGAGCUUCCAGGAACAAGUCGAGCACUACAGAGAUAAAUUGUUGCAACGAGAAAAGGAGAAAGAGUUAGAAAGAGAACGAGAAAGAGACAAAAAAGAUAAAGAAAAAUUGGAAUCCCGAUCCAAAGACAAGAAGGAGAAAGAUGAAUGUACUCCAACAAGAAAAGAAAGGAAAAGACGGCAUAGUACUUCUCCCAGCCCAUCUCGGAGUAGCAGUGGUAGGCGAGUGAAGUCCCCAUCUCCAAAAUCAGAGCGGUCAGAACGCUCAGAAAGAUCUCAUAAAGAAAGCUCACGGUCCAGGUCAUCUCACAAAGAUUCUCCUAGAGAUGCUAGCAAGAAAGCCAAAAGGUCGCCAUCUGGUUCAAGGACGCCUAAAAGGUCUAGGCGGUCUCGGUCUAGGUCGCCUAAGAAAUCAGGAAAGAAAUCCAGAUCCCAGUCCCGGUCUCCACACAGGUCUCAUAAAAAGUCAAAGAAAAACAAACACUGACAUAUAUUUUUAAGAUGCUGUCACUUAUUGGAAAUGCAAGUUUGUUUUGUGCCUGAAUGGUCUGUUUGUUUUUUGUUUGUUUUUUUAAUAAAAAAAAAACCACACACACAAAAACAAAAUUCUAAUGAAAGAGCAUUCCUGGGUUUGUUUGUUUGUUUGUUUGUUUGUGAAUGCAUGUGUAAACUCAUGAGUAACUGCAUCUGUAGACCUGUCAUUGUUUUAUAUUGUAUAAAUUACUUUUGUUGUGGCUGUUUCUCAAGAUGAAAUUUUUAUUGUGCUAAUGAAUUUCAUCAGAAAUGUGUAUAAUGGAUCUGCUGGCAGUAGUAGUAUUUUGUUUUAGGAUGUUGUGACUUAGACACAUAAUACAGAUGUCUUCCCCUCUUUUGUAGCUUUGACAAUUUGAAUUAGAUUUCAAAUAAAAUCUGAACAGAAAACUAUAAUGUUGUUUUUUUGCCCAGUUGGUGACACCAAGUCCCUUAUAGACCUACUAAGUGAAUUUGGCACUAUUGCUGUUUUUUACACCUAGUGCACUGUACAAGCUCCAGUGUGAAAGCAGCUAGUGUUUUAUGUUUACUAAGGUGGCUACCAAAAUAAAACCCGUAAGGUUUCCAUACCCAGAGAUGAGAAGGCUUGAGUGAGUGGGUAUGAUGUGGUAUUUGUUGCCCAGUUAAAAUUUCAUUUUUCAAAGAAGCAGCAUGAUUUCAAAAGCACUCAACCCGUCUUCUGAGCAAUUACGUAUUUUUAGGGUAGAUUUAAUUUUUAUCUUCUAUCAUGAAGCAAGUUUAUUUAUAAAAGAUUUUAUAAAAAAGAUUUGCCAUAGAAUUCUUUUGUAUAAUAGUUGCCUUUUUAUAAUUGUCUGUAGGUUAUCUUUAAAACACUGGUAUCAUGAUAUUUGUACAAAUUUAAAACAGCUUUUCUGUUUUGAAGGUUUGGGUUUGAAGUACAGCUUUCAAUAAAAUUAAAAAUUAAAUGGUUUUCAGGCAAUUUUAACACUCGGUGGUUUGUAAAUUCAAGGUGCAAAAAGUUGACUUAAACCAUUUGCAGAGUUGAAUUCUGUUAUGAACAGGAAAGAACUUGCUGUAGUCUGAGGGAGAAAUAGGAAAACUUGUGAAUGUUGAUCAAAACACUGCAGUGAAUAUAAUAUAAUAAAGGGUGACAUAGACUCAGACUUUCACUGUAUUUGUCAAUCUUGCUUUCAGUCUUUCAUUUAGGUACUUUAUGUGGCUAGUUGUUUUGUUUUUCCUCUAAUAACAGAUUGUUUUAUUUAACCUACUUUUAAAACUCAUUUCACCUUGUUUACUUAAUUUUGCUUAAUCACAGAAUAAGGCUUCCUGACCCUGAUAGGGAGUAGUCCCGUCAGCUGUACAGUAAGGCUUGUUUUCCCCACCCAGCGCAUCCCCAGCAGCUUUAGAAAUGAGCCAAUCAUUUUGUUAGACAUUAGUGGUUCUUAGCAUGAAAAUAUUGUUCAGUCCUUUGUUUACCUACUUUAUUAGGAAAUAUUAAAUACUUAAAGUUGCUUAGAAUAAUUUAUGUGAACAUUUGGUGCUGAUACUUAAAGACCUUUAUAAAUACAGCUGUUACAGAAGGCACACAUUUUUUCUUCUCUGGGUCUUUGGAUAGGCCAAGAAAUAAUUGGUCAGAAAGUAGUUUUCUUUUUUUCAGGCAAGUUAUGAUAGCUAGUUACUUUUCUCUCUUGAGUAAAAAACCUGAGCUUGGUUUUGGGUGUUCAUUUGUAGUGUUUUCUACUGCAAUGGAUCCAUCGCUAUUAUAGUUAAAUUUUGCUGCAGAUAGACUUGGCUUCCCUUUGGGUAGAUGGGAAAUUACUUAGACCUGACAGAAUAUUUUCUGGAGUUUUUUUAAUGUAUAUAUUAAGUUGUGUUGAAUUUUGUUUUCUUGAAUUGUAAAUAGCAUUAACUAGGUUAUUUCCAGUUUUACUUUAUGAGGAAACAUCUAGAAUAAGCUGUUAAAAUUUACAAUGGAUUCGGGUGGCACAUAGCUGUUCCCAGCAGAGGCACAAUGAUCAUAAGCUCAGGAAUUGAGACCAGCUUGGGCAAAAGACAGAGAGCCUAUCUGAAAAACAUGUUCCUUGUAAGUGUCGUGGGAUUAGGAGCUGGUACAUUCUUACAAGAAGUAAGCUGUUCUGCACAUUUUUCCUAAUAGCUUAAUUUUCAUAUCUAAAGAACAUAUAGCAUAGUUGCUGUGAGUUGACUUAAAAUGUUCACAAAUGAUCUGAGUUACAGGAAAGAUGGUUCCAGCUAUGUAGCACAAAGCUGUUGUCUACUAAAUUGCAUAUGUGAGCAGAGCCUCUGUGGUCUAUCCCUUCAAAGGACCUAAAACAGGGGUCCCUUACCAAGGCAAUGCUGUCUCACUUUUCUCUGCACACAGGUGGAAAGUUACGUGGUGGUCGGUUUUUUUACCAAAGAGACCUGUGACUUAAAAGGAUUGUGUUUGGUUUUCUUUGGCAUUGUAUUUCAGUAUUGCUGUGAGUCAGCAUGUGGGGGUUUCUGUCUCUAGGGAGUUGGAGAUUAAAGUAUUGGGGCAGACAGAAAGCCCUGAUCCCAAAGGAUCCUUUUAUUUGGUUCACAAUAUUUUUGGCUUUUUUUUUUUUUUUUUUUUUUUUUGCUAAAUUUUGUAGAAAUUGCUCUAUGCUGACCCAAUUUUCUUUAUUGCAGACCAUUCCUGUGGUCUUAACCUGAGAAUUGUGUUCCAUUUAGAGAGUGUCAGAGGACAUACUUCCUUCUGACCUAUGUAUCCCCCAUUCUUUAAUAUUCUUGAGUACUUAAAAAUACUUUAAAUAAAUUUGUUUAUGAUCAAAUUUAGAUUUAUUAGAAAUAUCCUAUACAUUUUUGCUGUGAUGGUGGUAUAAGUUCUGAAAAAUUACAGAACAAUAAUAGUUUGUCAUGGUUAAAAAUGAGGGCAGAUAAACCUCUGCCAAAGUGCUUUAACCUAUUCUGAUGACCACAGCAGUGUGAUUUCUUUAGCAGAAAAAAUUGUUUUUAAAAAUAAACAGUACCACUUUUCUAAAACAAUACUUUUUAGAAAUAAGCCUUUUGCUCUUGUUUCCAACUGUUUGACUUUUAGUGGACAAGCCCAGCCGCAGAGAAUUCAGCGCAGAUAUUGUGAAGACUGUAAGUUUAAAGGGUCUUGUGAUUAGUAACAAAGUUUGGUGUUUCCACGUCUCACGUGCGUGUUUUGGGAUAGAUUUUAGGGAGUGUUUCUUAUCUUUUCGACUGUUUCAUUUUUUUAUCAACUUUCUAGGAUUUAGCUAGUACACGACUAUAAAUCCCAGGGGAGUGUAAUGAUAGGCGAGGAGAUGGGAAGGCGCUGCUGCUCCAAGUGAGCCUUGUUCCAUUGCUGAUUUCAGUGCCUCUGUUGAUUCAGUACCGCCUCAUGGAUCUCCAGUGUAAAUGAGUUAUGUGUAUAUUGGUAAUCUGUUUAGUUUUGUAGAUAAAAUGUCCUCACUUUCAUAUGUAAUUGUGCUUAGAGGUAUUCUCACUUGAGCAGGGUCUUACAUGUUGUCUCUGGUGAUUUGAAAUAGCAGAAAAGACAGAUUUCUAGAAGUGGAGUGACCUAGGAAAGCGGCUCCGCGGAAGUGCCCUGAGUGGGGUAGACUCCAUGGAUGGCCAGUGGAGCUGCUUUCCAAACAAGAUGUGAAGAUUAGUCGCAAACAAAGCUCAUAGAAUUCACUUUUAUUGCUUUUUUUUAUUUUUAAUUACUUAAAUAAAAUACAUUGUUUUCAAUGGUAAAUUUAGACUGUUGAUGUAAUUUUCUGCAUACAGUUUUCUACUGGGAGCCCUAUAGGGUAACCUAGCUUUCACCAGCUUUCUCCCAUGCAGAACGGUGAUGCGAGGAUCCAUGUCUGUCCAUUGUAGGUACACAGCUGCGACAUUUUAUGCUCUUACAUUCUCACCAGAUAGUUUCGUGAUAGCUGAUUCCCUAUUAACUAGGAAAUUUCAUACACUUAUUCUCUAUGUUAAAGUUCUGUUUAUUUCACCAAGGAAAACUUCAGACUUCAGCAUAAAAUAACGGCCAUCUAUUCACCAAGCUGUAAAUAUCAACUUGUUAAUUAGUGAUGUGUUUUGAUUUUUAAAAUCAACAUGGUUUCAUCACACUAAAAACUCACUGGUUCCUUUUUCAGGUUUUGUUUUAGUUAUGAUAAUGCUCUUGACAAUAUUUGCCAUCUUAAACAUUUUAAAAUGUACAGUUUGCUGGUGUUGGGUAUAUUCACAUUGUUGUACAACCAACCUAUAUAACUCCUUCAUGGCAAAACUGAAACUCUGUACCCACUGAGUUCCCCUCUCCCUCUGCCAUGCCCCUUACAGCCACAUUCUGCUUUGUUGCUGUUUGACUAAUCUAGAAAGUGAAAUAUAAAACAUUUAAUUAAAAUUCUUUACCAUUUGUA